AUGAAAAAGGAGCUUAAAAUUCUUAUCAUAGCAAACAUUGCACUACUUUUUUCUAUAAUACACUACACAUUUGAUUUGUUGACAUUGUGUAUAGAUGAUACCUUCGAAGAUGCACUAACAGAUGAACAGCUGAACCCACCGCAGGGUCUCAAUUCCACAUUUUAUGAAUCUCGCCCUCAACUUAUACCGAAAAUCAUCCAUCAAACCUACAAAACGGACGAUAUCCCAGAGCAGUGGGUAAAGGGGAGGCAGAAGUGUAUCGAUUUGCACCCAGACUAUACAUAUUAUCUAUGGACGGAUGAAAUGUCUGAUGGUUUCAUUAAACAGGAAUACCCAUGGUUUCUUGACACAUUUAGAAGUUAUGAAUAUCCAAUUGAGAGGGCAGAUGCAAUACGGUACUUUAUUCUCUCACAUUAUGGUGGGAUUUACAUUGACUUGGAUGAUGGUUGUGAAAGAAGGCUAGAUCCUUUGUUGACAGUUCCAGCAUUUCUAAGGAAAACCUCGCCCACAGGUGUGUCCAAUGAUGUAAUGGGUUCUGUUCCAAGGCACCCAUUCUUCUUGAAAGUUAUCAAAUCGUUGAAACAUUAUAAGAAAAAUUGGUAUAUUCCUUAUAUGACCAUCAUGGGUUCUACGGGCCCCUUGUUUAUUAGUGUUAUUUGGAAGCAAUAUAAGCGAUGGUCAAAUACGGCCGAAAAUGGUGCAGUGAGAAUUUUACAGCCUGCCGAUUAUAAAAUGCAUAAUAAUCCUUUCUUUUCUAUAUCCAAAGGUUCCUCCUGGCAUACGGGUGAUGCUAAUUUUAUGAAAACUCUGGAAAACCAUAUCCUAUCUUGUGUGGUCACUGGAUUCGUUUUUGGUUUUUUCAUAUUAUAUGGUGAAUUUACCUUUUAUACUUGGUUAUGCUCUGGACCAUUUAACAACAAACGAUAUUACAUACAAUGGAUGAGUGACAAGCUCAAGCUGCUCAAGCGCAAACUGACAUCAUCAUCAUCGCACAAAUAUAAAGAAGAAACACGGAUGCAUACACGCCAUGAAUUUAUGUCAAAGGGUAAAAGACUAAGAAAAGAUUCUAAUAUCCCGUACAACAAUGUUUUUGUUGAUAUAGAAAAGAAUCACCCAAAGUUCACUGACUUAAGCUAA